GUCCCUGCUGUUAAAUAUUCUCAUCGGACGCGGAUACAGCGUAGAGAAUCCAACCCUACUAACAAACACUGCGUUUCGAAACGAAUUUCGGCGGCCAUCCAAUUACGGUGCCAUAUAUAUUCCUUGUCAGCUGCCCAAUAAAAGUUUUCCAAAACCCUUCCAAUUUUCAAACUCUCGCAAGGUUUAUCAGAAUCUUUUUUUUUUUUUUUUUUAAUUCUCAUUUUCCCAGGAAAAAAACUUUGUGAUUUCUAUCUCGAAAUCUGUUGGAAAAUCAGGGAUGAAGUUGCUACUCCUCCUUGGAUCAUGAAUUUUUGUGGGUGACAAUGUGAAUUGGGUUGGUGGAAUUUUGAAGAAAUUGUGGAGGAAAUUUUUUUUUUUUUUUUUUUUGCAAAAUUUUAAGUUUUUCUUGUUUUUGGUGUUUGGUUUUUAAUCUUGCGGGGGUUGAAGAAAGAGUGAAAUUUAGGUGAUUGAAAAUGGGGCAUAGUUCAAAGAAGAAGCGUGGAGGAGGGAGUGGGAGAAGGGCCAAAGGAAGGACGCCAUUGAAAGAUCAUGCAGCUCAUGAUGGUGUGGAUGAUAAUGAGCUUCUUUCUGAAGAGAUCACUGCUUUGUGUGCAAUAUUUCAAGAAGACUGUAAAGUUGUUUCUGGGUCGGCCCCUCAAAUUAUGAUUAAGAUAAGGCCUUACUCAAAAGAUAUGGGUUUUGAGGAUCUGGAUGUUACUGCCCUACUUGUGGUUCGGUGCUUACCAGGGUAUCCUUACAAGUGCCCAAAGUUGCAGAUUACUCCUGAGAAAGGUUUAUCAGAAAAUGAUGCAGAUAAGCUUUUAUCUCUUCUUCAUGAUCAGGCAAAUUCUAAUGCUCGAGAAGGACGGGUAAUGAUAUUCAAUUUAGUGGAGGCUGCUCAGGAGUUCCUUUCUGAAAUUGUGCCGGUCUCAUGUUCGAGUACAGAUAGCAUUAGUCAAUUGUUUCUUCAGGACGUUGCAAUUUCAAAUAGCAUAAGGGGACCUUUUGUAUACGGUUUCAUCGACCUUUUCAGUGGCUCAGGAGAGUCCUGGAAUUGGGGCUUUGGAAUAGAUGGGAAUAGUGGAACGAACACUUUAGUACCACCCCAUACAGUGGAUGACUCAAAAUUGAGAAAUGAAGUUAAGGAAAAGAAUCUUGAGAAGCAUGUGAGACCUACAUUGUUACAAGAUACAAAGCAAGCUUCAUUACUUUCCCCUACUGCCAAAUUACAUCCCCUUGAAGAAGAAAGUGAAGAAAGCAAUAAAAGCUUAUCUUCUAGUGAUGCAAGUGAAUCUUUGCAGGAGAAGUUGUUAGGAAAUGGUGACAAAGGUGAAAAGGGUUUUCCUAUCGAGGAGGAAACUACCGAUGAUGCUGAGUUUGAAGGUUCCGAGUCACUGUCCUUUACUUACUUAGCCGAUAAUCAAGUAUCUAAAACUACAGAAAAGGAUUUGAUUAUGGUUCAUCUGUUGCGCCUUGCUUGCACUUCUAAAGGACCAUUAACUGAUGCAUUGCAACAAGUAACCACAGAACUGUAUAAUCUAGGGAUCUUAUCAGAAUGGGCACGAGAUUUAGCUUCAAAACCAUCUCCUCUCUUUAACAAAACAUUUGAUCAUGCUUUCAAGCAACAUAUGGUUUCAUCAAAAAUAUCUCAAUUUUGGACACCUGCUUCUGAAGGGGCGAAUACCUCUCUCCCAAGCUCUCGAUAUCUCAAUGACUUUGAGGAGCUACAGUCCCUUGGUCAUGGUGGUUUUGGCCAUGUUGUGCUGUGCAAGAAUAAAUUAGAUGGAAGGCAAUACGCAGUGAAGAAAAUUCGACUGAAGGACAAAAGUCUGCCUGUUAAUGACCGAAUAUUAAGGGAAGUAGCUACGCUUUCACGCUUGCAGCACCAACAUGUUGUACGUUACUAUCAGGCAUGGUUUGAAACAGGAAUUGCUGAUUCUUAUGGUGAUGUCACUUGGGGUUCAAGGACUGCAGCAAGCUCCACUUUCAGCUUAAUGGGGACAAGCUCAGCUGAUGCCUUUGGGCAAGAGAAUAAGCUUGAUCCAACGUAUCUUUAUAUUCAAAUGGAAUACUGCCCAAGGACUCUACGCCAGGUUUUUGAUUCAUAUCAUUUUGACAAAGAAUUAGCAUGGCAUUUUUUUCGUCAAAUUGUUGAAGGCUUGGUACACAUACAUGGACAAGGAAUCAUACAUCGUGACUUAACCCCGAAUAACAUAUUCUUUGAUGCUCGCAAUGAUAUUAAGAUUGGGGAUUUUGGUCUUGCCAAGUUCUUAAAGUUGGAGCAGUUCGAUCAGGAUCCAAGUUUUCCUGCCGAUACAACUGGACUUUCUGCUGAUAGAACUGGUCAAGUUGGUACUUACUUCUACACUGCACCUGAAAUUGAGCAAGGAUGGCCCAAAAUUGAUGAAAAGGCUGAUAUGUACAGCUUAGGAAUUGUGUUUUUUGAGCUUUGGCACCCAUUUGGGACUGCAAUGGAAAGACACAUUGUCCUAUCUGAUUUGAAACAGAAAGGAGAAUUUCCAUCUUCUUGGAUUGCUGAAUUUCCAGAACAGACAUCGUUGUUGCGGCGCUUAUUGUCCGCAAGUCCUUCUGAUCGUCCUUCUGCCACAGAACUCCUACAGCAUGCAUUUCCUCCAAGAAUGGAAUCUGAAUUGCUGGACAAUAUUCUCCGUACAAUGCAGACUUCAGAGGACUCUAGUAUAUACACUAAAGUUGUGAAUGCUAUUUUUGACGAAGAGAUAUUAAGCGUAAAAGACCAGCAUCAUCAUGCUGGUGGGUUGAGCUUAGCUGGUGGUGAUACAUCUGCAAUCCAGUAUGCUGAUUUAGAUACUGAGAUUCGUGAUUAUGUCGUUGAGAUCACAAGGGAUAUUUUCAGAAAGCAUUGUGCAAAGCAUUUGGAAGUAAUACCCAUGCGUUUAUUGGAUGACUGCCCACAGUUCAAUAGGAACACUGUCAAACUUUUAAACCAUGGAGGGGAUAUGCUUGAACUUUGCCAUGAGCUACGCUUGCCUUUUGUUAAUUGGGUGGUCUCUACUCAGAAAUUCUCAUUCAAACGAUACGAAAUAUCUUGUGUUUAUAGAAGAGCAAUUGGACAUUCACCACCAAAUCGCUACCUUCAGGGUGAUUUUGACAUUAUUGGAGGCACAGUGACGUUGACAGAGGCAGAGGUCAUCAAGGUAACAUUGGACAUUAUAACUCAUUUUUUCCACUCAGAUUCCUGUGAUAUUCAUCUAAAUCAUGGGGACCUACUGGAUGCAAUAUGGUCUUGGAUAGGAGUCAAGGCUGAACAUAGACAUAAAGUAGCAGAGCUUCUUUCCAUGAUGGGUUCUCUGCGUCCUCAAUCCUCUGAACGGAAAUCAAAAUGGGCAGUAAUAAGGCGUCAACUUUUGCAGGAACUUAAUUUGCCAGAAGCCAUUGUAAAUAGGUUACAAACUGUUGCUUUAAGGUUCUGUGGUGCUGCAGAUCAGGCACUUCCUAGAUUGAGGGGAGCAUUGCCAGCUGAUAAAUCUGCACGCAAGGCACUUGAUGAAUUGUCAGACCUCUUCAGCUACUUGCGGGUUUGGAGGAUCGAAAGACAUGUUUAUAUAGAUGCACUAAUGACACCAACUGAGGGUUAUCACAGAGAUCUGUUCUUUCAGGUAUACUUAAUAAAGGAACACAGUUCUGGGUCACUUGUCGAAGGUGCAUUGCUUGCCGUUGGCGGUUGCUAUGACUAUUUGCUUCAUCAAUUGUGGGCUCAGGAAUAUAAAUCAAAUCCUCCAGGUGCUGUUGGAAGCAGCCUUGCAUUAGAGACUAUAAUUCAAUAUUCACCUGUAGAUUUCAAACCUAUUAGAAAUGAAGCUAGCACCAGUAUUCUUGUAUGUUCGAGAGGAGGAGGCGGUCUAUUGGUAGAACGGAUGGAACUAGUUGCCGAGCUGUGGGAGAACAAUAUUAAGGCAGAGUUUGUUCCCAACCCUGAUCCGAGCCUUACAGAACAGUAUGAAUAUGCAAACGAGCAUGAUAUAAAGUGUCUUGUCAUCAUAACGGACACUGGUAUGGUUCACAAGGAUACAGUUAAGGUCCGACAUCUUGAGUUGAAGAAGGAGAAAGAAGUUGAAAGAGAUGGUGUUGUUAAGUUUCUGCUGGAGGCAAUAGCGACACAGUUUAGAAAUCCUUCCAUCUGGAUCAAAAACCCAUCUUCACAAAUUGCGUUUUCUGGUGUGUAAAUCCUGAUGCUAUGCUGGGAGAUUUUGUUUCACAAUCACUAUUUACUCGCUCAAUUUUGAUCGACUUGAAAUAUAGUUACUGCUAAUCUAUGUUCCCUUGAGAAGCAUUCAUAGGGGUUAUUCAUUGCCUCUUAAUGCAUAACUUUGUUCUAAGAUUGCAUCCAGCGUUCAAGCUAUCCUCUUGGUUUCACGAGCAAACUGUUAAUACAAGUAAUGAUCAUCCCACCCUCAAAGGAAGAAGAUAAGACUGGAAGUUUUAUGGCUUUAGUUUCUGUAAAUGACCAACUUUUUACACAGGUUUUGCUCUGUAAUAUAACUGCACUGGUCAUGGUGUAAAUAUGUAAAUAUGUAAAUAUAUAGAGGAAACAUAUCCAUAAAAAUAUUAAUUUGAGGAAAAAAGUUUUGGUUUUUUAGAGCCAAUAUCA